ACGUAAUGUUUGAAAGGGUCGUAAAGAAUGAAUGGAAUAAAUACGUACAUACUUCUUAAUAAGUAAUCUGAGUAACAAAUAUUUUCAUAGUCAAACAUAACUUUAACAUUUACCUACUUACAACUUUUUGCUACGAAAUUGUGUCAACUGAAAAUCACUUACGAGGAGGAGAUGAAAAAGUAUCAAACCAGACUAACAUGCUGAGUAUAAUAUGUGGAUGGAAAAUAUUAGUUUGUCCCGUCGUAUUUCAAAUACAUUUUCAAUUUAAAACGUGUUGUGAUAUCCUUGAAUGAAUAAUAUAUUAAUAUUAAUGCUUCAUGUAAAUUGUAUUGUGGUGUGAGGAGUAAAAAAAUAAGGAUUUUGUAAUUAAGUAUUGACAUAUUUUAAAAAUGAAAAGAGUGUUGUUGUAUUGUUUAAUUUAUGCAAAUGAGGCUAUAAAAAGUAAGUAGAAAUAGAGAUAAGUGUGUUGAAAAUGUAUUUGAAUCUGUUAAAUAGGAAGGAAAAGGGAAGAAGAUGGAUACAGAUGUUGAUGCGGAGAUCGUGAUCGUCGGAGCUGGUAUUUGCGGCCUUGCGACAGCCCUUGCCCUUCACAGAAAGAGGAUUAAAAGUGUGGUGUUAGAAAGAUCAGAGACGGUUCGAGCAACAGGAGCAGCUAUAAUUGUGCAGGCAAAUGGGUGGCGUGCACUUGAUGAGCUUGGCAUUGGUUCAACACUUAGAGAAACUGCUAUUCAAAUUCACAGGGGAAGAUUCAUAUCGCUUAACGAGGUUGAGCCAAUGGAAUUUCCAUUUGGUGUUAAUAAGGAAUUUCGUUGUUUAAAGCGCACUGAUCUGGUGAAAGUCAUGGCCGAUAAUUUACCAACAGGAACUAUACGUACCAAUUGUCAAGUGCUUUCUGUCGAAUUAGAUCCUGUAACAAAAUUUCCACACCUUAUGCUUAGCAAUGGAAGUGUUCUUCGAGCUAAGGUUGUUAUUGGAUGCGAUGGUGUGAAUUCUGCCAUUGCAAGCAUGUUUGGGUUACAUCGAACCACGCUGAGGCUCUUCUCUACGAGUGUUGCACGAGGCUUCACAAAUUAUCCAAAUGGUCAUAAAUUUUCCAGUGAAUUUGUGAUGAUGAGCAAAGGUCAAGUUCAACUCGGAAGGCUUCCAGUGACAGACAAACUUGUUUAUUGGUUUGUGACAAGGCUAAGGACUUCUAAAGAUUCAAAAAUCUGGAAAGACCCAGUGCUUAUCAGACAAUCGUUGAUGGAGUCAAUGAAAGGUUUCCCAGCAGAGGCGAUGGAGAUGAUGAGAAAUAGCAAGUUGAGCUUCUUGCAUCUCACCGAGUUGAAGUAUAGGCCACCGUGGGACUUGCUUUUCAACAACUUCAGGAAAGGAACGGUAACAAUUGCUGGUGAUGCAAUGCAUCCCACAGGCCCAUUUGUUGCACAGGGUGGCUCAGCCUCCAUUGAAGAUGCCAUUGUUCUUGCUAGAUGCCUUGCACAGAAGAUGUUCGAUGAUAAGAACAAGACAGAGGAAACGACAAUAAACAGUGCAAUGGCAGAGGAAGCGUUUGAUCAAUAUGUGAAAGAAAGGAAAAUGAGAAACUUUUGGCUCUCUUUUCAUUCCUUCCUUGUUGGUAAGAAGCUUGACACAACAUCAUCCAUAAUCAGAUUCAUUAUCCUUGCAAUCAUGUCCACUCUAUUUAGAGACCCCGAUUGGCAUUCCCGUUAUCAUUGUGGAAAUCUAUAGGAACAUCAAGCUUUCGAUAUUCAUAUAAUUUCAUAUACUAUUCUAUUUUAUAUUCUAAGUUUAAAACCUUCACACCAUGUUAGUCAUGUUAAUAAAUUUGUAGUUUUUAGGUGAUGUAACAUAUGCUUGGUAUCUAUUCAUUUUAUUAAUGUGUUGUAAGGUUAGUGUAAACUAUAAAAAGCCAUUUUAUUCAUGGUUGUUAUUUAAUAAUAGAGCCUUUCAACUCCCAUUCUAAAUUGUCCUAGUUUUCAUUUCAGGAGCUUUUAACUAAAUUAUAUUAGAACAUUAAAAAUGUCUCUUUUAGUUAAGACAU